UUUAGAAUAUUGAUCGUGCUCUUUUUUAAAAAUAUGGGAGCUAGAGAAUUACUUUCAGCACAUCUCAUAUGGCAGUCAGGCUGGUAACUCUCUUUAAUACAGCACAUCCCCAUGUGAUGUGUUUUCAGCCAUGUUUCCGGUUUAUGUAUAACCAGUGAGGUGAGUUCUCAACAUUUUUUGAUAACAACUUCUCUAAUGAUUGACCAAAUUAGCACUAGCCUCAAAGUUCACACUCUUUUCUGUAACACUUUAAAAAAUGACUUCUGCACCUGAGCUUGUGACGAGCACAGUGGAACCUGGGACAAAUGGAAGGUUUACCUUGGAGGUCGCUGAUAUCGUAGUGGUUGUGGUCUAUUUUGUGUUUGUGCUGGCAGUAGGGAUAUGGUCAUCAUUCAGGGCCAACCGGGGUACCAUUGGAGGAUAUUUCUUAGCAGGCAGGUCCAUGACAUGGUGGCCAAUUGGCGCAUCUUUGAUGUCCAGUAAUGUGGGCAGUGGCCUGUUCAUUGGAUUAGCAGGGACUGGAGCAGCAGGAGGAAUUGCUGUGGGGGGAUUCGAAUGGAAUGCAGCGUGGGUCCUCAUUGCCCUGGGCUGGAUCUUUGUGCCCGUGUACAUUGCUGCUGGAGUAGUCACCAUGCCCGAAUACCUGAGGAAGAGGUUCGGUGGCCAGCGCAUUCGAAUCUACAUGAGUGUGCUGUCUCUCAUUCUCUACAUCUUCACCAAGAUAUCAACAGACAUUUUCUCUGGAGCUUUGUUCAUUCAGGUGUCUCUGGGAUGGGACCUGUACCUCUCCACGGUAGUACUGCUUGCAGUCACAGCGCUCUAUACUAUAGCAGGUGGGUUGACAGCAGUAAUCUACACUGAUGCAUUACAGACGGUCAUUAUGGUAGUGGGAGCAUUCGUUCUUAUGUUCAUAGCGUUUAAUAAAGUAGGCUGGUAUGAGGGCCUACUGGAGCAGUAUGGGAAAGCCGUGCCUAAUGUCACUGUCCCUAACACUACGUGCCACCUCCCUCGGCCUGAUGCCUUCCACAUCUUCCGGGACCCAGUGACGGGAGACCUGCCCUGGCCGGGCCUGCUCUUCGGACUCACUGUGCUAGCCAUGUGGGUGUGGUGCACUGACCAGGUGAUAGUGCAGAGGUCCCUGUCUGCCAAAAACCUGUCACAUGCCAAAGGAGGCUCGGUGCUGGGAGGUUACCUGAAGAUCCUGCCCAUGUUCUUCAUUGUCAUGCCAGGCAUGAUCAGCAGAGCACUCUACCCAGAUGAGGUGGGGUGUGUGGAACCUGAUCAGUGCUUAAAGAUCUGUGGUGCUACUGUUGGCUGUUCUAACAUUGCCUACCCUAAGCUAGUGGUGGAGCUGAUGCCAGUAGGAAUGCGAGGGCUGAUGAUUGCGGUGGUGAUGGCGGCCCUGAUGUCCUCCCUCACCUCCAUCUUCAACAGCAGCAGCACCCUCUUCACCAUGGACAUCUGGCAGCGGGUGCGGCGCCAGGCCUCUGAGCGGGAGCUGAUGGUAGUGGGCAGGGUCUUCAUUUUAGUGUUGGUGGUUCUGAGCAUCUUGUGGAUUCCAGUCAUCCAGUCAGCCAAUAGUGGGCAGCUGUUUGACUACAUUCAGGCCAUCACCAGCUACUUGGCUCCUCCCAUCACUGCAGUGUUCCUUAUGGCCAUCUUCUGGAGUCGAGUGAAUGAGCAUGGUGCAUUCUGGGGUCUAAUGGUGGGCCUGGUGGUGGGAGUGGUUCGUAUGGUGAUGGAGUUUGCCUAUGGCACACCUUCGUGUGGUGAGGAGGACCCGCGACCCACCCUGCUGAAGGACGUGCACUACCUCUACUUUGCUCUUAUACUGCUCGCCCUGACGACCCUGAUCAUCACUGCAGUGAGCCUCUGUACUGACCCCAUUCCAGAGCAACAUCUGGUACGUCUAACCUGGUGGACAAGACACAGCCAACAGCCUCGUGUGGAGCUGUACGAUCCCUGGGCGUGCCUGUCAACACCCAUGAACCCCGACUCUGCGGCUCUGGGCUCCGAGCAGAGGAGGGACAGGCCCGCGUGCUGGAGGCGCGCGGGCAUGUGGCUGUGUGGGUUAUCCGAAGGCUCCCGACCGCAGCUGAGCAGCGAGGAGCAGCAGGCACUGGAGAAGAAGCUGUCCAGCAUUGAGGAGGAGCCCAUCUGGAGGAACGUUUGCAAUGUCAAUGCCCUCAUUUUGCUUACAGUCAACGUCUUUCUUUGGGGCUACUUUGCUUGACGUCAGAAUGCUUUGGAAAUAUAUGGCGAAUACCUGCCACAUCAAGGGUUUUGUGUUAUUUUAUACAUUUUAAGCCAUGAUUUUAAAGCUAUUUAUAAAUCAAGAUUGGUAAAAUGCAUGCAAUUUAAUAAAUAUAACUUAUAUCUCAUUUGUUAGGAAUAGGCAUUAAUGACUGUUCAACCUUCUUUGCUGGUAUUUGGCUUUAAUUAUCCUGCAAAUACAGAUGCUCUUACUGAAAGACAGAUGCUUGUCUGCUGAAAAAGAACCAGGAGGAUUCUCCUUUUGUCUUUUGCUGCUUCUGUGUAGCUACAAACGAUGUGGCUGACAUUUCUUAAAAAGUAAACAUUUAUAUUAUGUUUUUAUAGAGUAACUUUCUUUACAGUUAGUUUACUGUUGAGGUCAAUGGAGCUUAUUUUAAUUAAUAAU